UUAUCUUGUAGCCAGAUGAAGGUGCUGGACUAUGGUUUAAUUGCUGUUGCAGAGGAACUUCAACAGAUUGUCUUUACUGCUUUGAAUGGUGCUGAGUCUAAUAGUAAUUCCCUUCAACUUGAAGAUACAUGCAUUGCAACUCUAGACAAACAUGUCAAAAAAGUCUUAAAUGGCAUAGACCAAAAAGAGGCAUUGCAAAAAUCAGUGGCUAAAAAUGUCACAAACUGUAGGCACCGGAUAAUCAAAGAAUUCAUGCGGAGCCACAUGGUUAACAAGAGACGGUAUUGUCCUGGCUGUAAAGCACCAUCUCGAGAUGUUAGGAGUGAAUAUAACAGCCGUGUGUUUUUGAAGGCAUUGUCAGCUCGUGAGGCUAAUAAAUGGGUGAAGACACAGGCAAUCAAUGAACAUUUAAAAAAACAUUCAGCUCCUGCAGCAAAUGGCACAGAGGAUAGUGUUGGUGCUGAUGAUAGACUUCAGAGUCAGGAGAAUGGAACAUCAAGCUCUAGAGACACUGCUGACAUUCUGGCAACAAAAAGUGAUGAAGAAGUGAAGAAACUCAUGGUACAAGUGUUUUUGACUCCAAUUGAAGUCCAAAAGCAUAUUUUUAAAGUCUGGGAAAGAUAUGGUGACUUUCUAAACAUUCUUUUCGGAGCUUAUCCGUCUCCAACUGCAAAAAGGAGGUGCUGUUCAGCAGACAUGUUCUUUUUAGAAGUCUUUCCAGUUCCUCCUUCAAAAUUUAGACCAGUAAGUAAUUUCUUUUUAGUUAGUUAAAAUGAUAUUUAAUCAAUAGUUCAGUAUUUGUCAGUACUACAGCUGAAAAUGAAUAAAAUGACUUGUGUAAGUGUGUAUAUGGUACAAUUGUACAAUGAUGCACAAUUGAGUGCUAAAAUAACCAGCACAGUGGCAUUUACCGUAGCAUGCAAAGAAAGUUGUGUCUAAUAGCCUGAGGCUUGUUUUGUAGUUUGGUUGUGGAUUCUAACUGUAUUCUAUACCCAAUGGGCAAGUGAAUUGGGGAAUUCAAAUUACAGUAAUGUUCUUAUUGCAUAAGAGAUAAAGUCCUUGUUGUAAUUGCAACUUUUAAUCAAUUAAGACAUGUU